AUGGCUGGAGCAUACGACCACAACUUUCUCCUUUCCAACGCUGACCACAUCAACUUUAACCAGUGGAUAGACGAGAAUUUCCACGAAUCUACCUCAAAAUUCGACCUGACAGAAAUGGAUCCCCUCGACAAUGUUUUCAAGCCGCAGGAGCAUAUCGAUCGCCUCGGUUCUCCUGAUGAAUGCUUUGUUGAUUGCGAUUCAGCUUACUUGAUGAGUCCUACCUUUCCACCUGCCCCGGCUGCGGGGUCUGAUGCGUCUGGGACUGCCAAGGCUGAGUCUCCAGAGAUGUUUGACUUUACCUGCCUUGAUACCGAUCUUAUCGCUGGACAGGAUAUAGGGAAUGGAACUGGAGAGGGGAUCUUUGAGGGGGUAAUUGCGACUACUCUUACUCCUGCUGCCGAGACUCUUCACGUUGCCAGCGUUGAGCCCGGUCUGAUGGAGUACCAACACGAGAGCCAGCCGGUCAAGACUCAAGUUCAGGGUCACUACCAACUCCAGCCCCAGGUCCAGGAUCAUUACCAGCUUCAGCCUCAGGUUCAGAACCAGUAUCAACUUCCGGUUCACACUCAGGCUCAGUUUGAUGGUCAAGUCCAUACUCAAACACUCCCGUACCAGCCUCUCAUUCAUCAACCAUGCGCGCAUGGAAAUCCACACAAGCAGGCGAAUCACCAGAUGGCGCAGCUGGUGAACUUGUACUCUCAAAGAGUCAUCACUUCUCAACCUGAUCCGCCUCAGCCGCAGCCUCAGUAUCACUUCCCAACCGUGAUGCCCUCCUUCAACCCAAAUCCCCCUCAACCAGUCCGUCCAGCCAUCGAACAACCCCGCAAGAAAUACCGCGUUCCUCCCAAACCCACAGCACAAAAUCAGAACCAGGAAUGGCUAGUUUCCAAGCUGGGUCACUUUACGCGCCAGUAUCAAGGCUACAUCAACACCCCUACCAUGGCCAAAGGGAUAGAGGGCGUAUUCCUCUCUCUAUCUCAUCCCCCAGCAAACGCCACGACAACUCGUCAAACCAUCGAUCCAAGCUUCCCCCGAUCAAUGCAGGAUUAUCGUAACUGCGUUAAACAAAUGUUCGAUGCUAUAUGCGACUGGUCCAGUACUCGUGAAUGGCGCGCAAAGAUGGGCCAUCCCUUGGCAACACAGUGGGUUGAGAAGGUUAAAAAAGAUCGUCGAAAUCUCGGCUUGUCAAUCCAGGCGAGUGAUCUCACUGAUGAGGAUCUGGUUCCUCCUGCGAGCGCGAUGCCGUCUGUUGAUGAGCAAUGGAAGAAUGUCAUUCAUCGUCGUCUGUCUGAUAUCGAGAUUGAACUUCUCUGCGCCAAGAUUUUGAAUGAAGCUAUGCUUGCUCAGGAGGGACGAAACUUCAUUCCUCUGUGGAAGUCGCAUUCUGAAUGCCUUUCGAUCUUGAUCCAUUCUGCUCUUCGCGCCCCUUGGAUCUCACGAAUCACAAACUCUCCAUUCUCCGAGACUCGUCGCAAAGAUCAGAACAAAGCUGGUAACGAUCGCAAGCGAACUCUCAUCGAACAGGUCGAGAACGGACGCAAAAGACCUGUGAAUGAACAGGGUGGUGGCAAGCAGAAGCGACCGCGAAUUUAA